AUGCCGACCGUAAGCGUCUUCUAUGACUGCUUGCAGAAAGCAUUGGGGAACGAUGUGACAGAGGAGAGUUUUGACGAGCUUUGCUUCGAGUUUGGCCUUGAGCUGGAUGACGUCACCUCUCAGAAGGAGAUGGUCGAGAAAGAGCGAGGCGCAGAUGCGGCUGCAGACAUGAGUGAUCGGGUCAUUUUCAAAGUGGAUGUGCCCGCAAAUCGAUACGAUCUCCUGUGCAUUGAGGGCCUGGUUAGAUCUCUACAAAUUUUCAAGGGAGUGAUACCAGCGCCACUUUACAAGUUGUCUAUGCCAAAGCCUUUGCCACAGAUGACAAUGACGGUGAAGAAGGAGACUGCGCAGAUUCGACCCUUCGUUGUCUGUGCAAUUCUCCGAAAUGUCACCUUUGACAAGGACAGAUAUGAUAGCUUUAUCGAGUUGCAGGACAAGCUGCAUCAGAACAUCUGCCGAAAGCGGACUCUUGUCGCCAUCGGAACACACGACCUGUCAACCCUCAAGCCUCCUUUCACUUACGAGGCCUUGCCUCCCAACCAGAUCCACUUUACCCCACUGAACCAGACUGAAGAGAUGGAUGGGAACAGAAUGAUGGAGGUCCUGUCUGCACACCAGCAACUCAAGACAUACCUGCCCAUCAUUCGAAGCAGCCCAGUCUAUCCGGUCAUCUACGACAGCAACCGCGUGGUUCUGUCUCUGCCGCCCAUCAUUAACGGCGAACACUCAAAGAUCAAAAUGGAGACCAAGGACGUCUUCAUUGAGUGCACCGCCACGGACCUUACGAAGGCUAACAUCGUGCUUAACACCGUCGUGGCGAUGUUUGCGGAAUAUUGCAAGGAGCCCUUUGUCGCUGAACCCGUUGAGGUGAUAUAUGAGAGCGAUUAUCCGGGCAACAGCUUCAUCCAGCCUGGCGACAAGCGCCUCUACCCUGCGCUGGAGCCCAGAGCGAUGAAGGCCAAGAUCAGCCGAAUGAAGGCUUCCCUCGGCUUGGACAAGCUCAGUGGUGCCCAAGUCAGGGAUUACCUGCGCAAAAUGAGCCUGCCGUGCGACAUCGAUAGCAAGGACGCCGACAUCUUGGACGUUCAAGUGCCCAUCACGCGCAGUGACAUCAUGCAUGAGUGCGACCUCAUCGAAGACCUGGCUAUCGCUUAUGGGUACAACAACCUUGAGACCUCCGUGCCUCAAACCGUGGCUGUGUCUGCUGGACAGCCUGUCAAUAACUUGUCCGACCUGGCCCGCGGCGAGCUGGCAAUGGCCGGAUACACCGAGUGCAUGAAUUGGUCGCUCCUGUCCAAGAAGGAGAACUUCACCUUCAUGAGGCGAGAAUCCAAGGUGGAGGAGCUUUGGAGAACGGUCAAGCAGCCUUACGAGUACAUUCCGACAGCCCCGGCGGUCUCGGUGUCGAACCCGAAGACCAAGGAUUUUGAGAUCAUCAGGACCUCCAUGAUGCCAGGCAUCUUAAAGACCCUGGCCAACAGCAAGCAGUUACCGCCUCCCAUCAAGCUGUUCGAGGUGGGCGACGUAGUGAUUCAGGAGCCCACGAGGGAGGUCGGCUGCAAAAACGUCCGACGGCUGGUGGCAGUACACGCCAACAUGCGAAGUCAGUUCUCAUUGCUGCAUGGAGUUCUGGACCAGCUCAUGUACUCCCUAAACUGCGAGCCGGAGCAUGAGCACAAAGAGGGCUCCAAGAGGCGAACCUUCAAGUUGGUGCCCAGCGAGGAUCCAGCCUUCUUUGUGGGCAUGCAGGCACACGUGGUGUGCGAGGGCAUAAAUAUCGGAAUCAUCGGCGAAUUGCACCCAGAGGUCCUGAGCAGUAAGGGCUUCGACAUCAAUUUGCCUACCUCGUCCGCAGAGCGCUUCAAGAGUGCCUACGUCGUGUCCCUAGCCCUGGCCUUGCCGGCCCCAGCAUCCAGUGCCAUGGUGCUUCCCGACCUAGUCGUUACCAAGCAGUGGCCUGAACAAGCUAACAGUGUGGAUGACCUGGGACUGGCCGUAAUCCCACUCUUGCAGCAGAACAGCUUUGCUUUGCGUGGGGCCGGUGAGCCAUCAGGUGACCGCACUCGACUCGUGCAGAAAGUCCGACUGCAUGAUGCAAGGUUGCCGAUCAAUCCCCGGGUCGAGCGAGAUGCAUGCAGCGAGUACCUUCUCCUCUCCGAGCUCCACGGGUUUAUCGAGACCUGCUACUCUGUUUGCCUCUGGUUCGUCUUGCGGGAAGCCAUGGCUCUGACGUUGCUGGCGCUGAUCUGCGCGGCCAAGGCAGCCGCCGGUGAGAUUGAGCAGGUGGCAGUUGGCUAUGAUCACACAUGCGUGCGAGGCUCGAAUGGUUUCGUCAAGUGCUGUGGCCUCAACAACCAAGGCCAGUUGGGCCUGGGCACCACCGACAAUAUGGGUGAUGGAAGCAGUGAGAUGGGGGACCACCUCCCUGCCGUGGCGCUCGGCACCGGACGCUCGGCAUUCGAAGUUGCUGCUGGUGACAGACACACAUGUGCCAGGCAGGACGACGGCACUGUCAAGUGCUGGGGCAACAACGACCACGGCCAGUUGGGCCUGGGCACCACGGACAGUAUGGGCGAUGGAA